CUGUCCUGUAUGCGCUCGCUAUCCUCGCUCUAUUAGAAAUACGUACAUAGUGUUGUCUGGAUGUCUAUUUUACAUCGGCUUUUUUUGUGAAUUUAUUGAAUAUAAAAUUUCAUUGAUCAUUGGAAUAAGUUAUUUUUCAUUUUAAUUGGAAUUUCAAUUAAUUUACACUACUGACACAUUUCAAUAUCAACAAAAUCCAUCCGAAAUGGCAUCUUCCGACGUUCAAAUGGAACAGAUUAACGGCCAGCCGAAAGAUGAAAAAACUGAGACGUGUAAAACCGCUAUACGUGCCGAUGAAAUGACAUCCAAGGAUUACUACUUCGAUUCAUAUGCUCAUUUUGGUAUUCAUGAAGAAAUGCUGAAGGAUGAAGUGAGGACGCUCACUUACAGAAAUGCUAUGUAUCACAAUAAGCAUCUUUUCAAAGGAAAGGUGGUGUUAGAUAUUGGUUGCGGAACUGGCAUAUUGUCAAUGUUCGCAGCCCGAGCUGGAGCAGCUCACGUGUACGCUAUCGAAUGUUCCAGCAUAGUGGAAUAUGCCAACAAAAUCGUCGAAGCGAAUAAAUUCUCCGAUGUUAUAACGAUAAUCAAAGGAAAAGUGGAAGAAGUGGAACUACCCGUUGAAAAAGUGGAUAUUAUCAUAUCGGAAUGGAUGGGAUAUUGCUUGUUUUACGAAAGCAUGUUGGACACGGUGCUAUAUGCUAGAGACAAGUGGCUGCAACCCGAAGGCAUGAUGUUUCCAGAUAGAUGUACUCUCUUCAUCACUGCGAUCGAGGAUCGUCAGUACAAAGACGAAAAAAUCAAUUGGUGGGACGAUGUGUAUGGUUUUGAUAUGAGUGCGAUUCGGAAGGUUGCCAUCACAGAACCAUUAGUUGAUGUUGUCGACCCCAAACAGAUCGUUUCCAAUUCGUAUUUGGUGAAAGAAGUUGACCUGUACACAGUGAAGAAAGAGGAUCUAGAUUUCGCAUCACCGUUUCACCUUUUCGUCAAACGUAACGAUUUCGUCCAGGCCCUGGUCACAUACUUCAAUGUCGAGUUCACAAAGUCACACAAACGGUUGGGUUUCAGUACCGGACCAGAGGCAACGUACACUCACUGGAAACAGACGGUGUUCUAUUUUGACGAAUAUUUGACGGUCAAAAAGGGUGAAGAGAUUUACGGCGUAUUCAAAAUGAAACCUAACGAACGCAACAAUCGCGACUUAGAUUUUAAGAUUGAAAUCAAUUUCAAAGGUGAAUUGUCACAAGUGAAAGAAGAGAACUUUUACCGAAUGCGUUGAAAAGGGAAACAAACACACACAAAUACAUACGUUAUUAUACCUACUGUAAUAAGUGACUAAUUCCAGACAGCAAUGCGAAGGAAAUAAAGAAAAGAGAAUGCAAUUCCA